AUGCUCUCCAUCCAUGCAGCUGCUCUUCUAACCAUGCUGAUUAAACACUACCCCCUGUACUUACUGAUAAAUUUGCUUUGGACUGGUGUAACUGUUUCAGGAAAUCAAGAAUUGCAGGAAUUAAUUAAACCACAAAAGGUCGAAUUUCACUCAUUAAACUUCAACAAUACCUUGCAUUGGCAGCCUGGGAGGGCUGCCACAGGUGACAUUAUCUACUUUGUGCAGUACAAAGUGUAUGGGCAAAGCCAAUGGAAAAAUAAAGAAGAAUGUUGGGGUAUUCGUGAAGUUUUUUGUGACCUAACACAUCAGACAUCUGAUAUCAGAGAACCUUACUAUGGCAGAGUGAAAUCUCUUUCAGCUGGAGUCCAUUCAGAUUGGAACACCAGCAGCAGAUUUACUCCGUGGAGGGAAACAAAGAUAGGACCUCCAUCAGUAAAUGUGACUCCUGGAAACAAAUCCAUAAAAUUAAAGCUCCAGGCUCCAAAUUCACCUUAUACAAGGAGAAGAGGCAGCAAGAUACCAAUGACAAACUAUUAUGAUCUAUUAUAUCGAGUGUUUCUAAUCAACAACAUGCUAAAUGAAAAAACCAAAAUACUGGCGUAUGAAGGAACAGACAAAGUUGUUAAAAUAGAAGAUUUGAAACCUGAAGUCAGCUACUGCGUAGUGGUUGCAACCUACUUGCCAGUGCUGGACCGCAGCAGUGUGUACAGCAGUAAGAAAUGCACGGUACCCCUAUGACAUGGUAAGUAAACAAAAGAGAAGCUGCAUGGGAUCCCAGAAGCUAGAGAUGGUAAAGACCGACCAGACUACCUAGUCCAUGCCCUCGCCAACACAAGAUAGAACAAAAUGUCAUGAAACUGCUACUGUAUUUGAAACUCAGGCAAUAUACACAAAGCUUUCACACACUUCUCUCAAAUCUGUGUUGAUGUCACAAUUGUACAGGAAGCCAAAGCAGAAGAAAUAUGGUAGGUACAGUACGUUCAAUUAUUUGCUUGUUGACAUUAGUGCUUAGAUCACCACAGCAUCUGCUUUAGGAAAAACCCUCAUAUAAAUAGAUCAGGAAUGCCCCUUAUUUCCCUGUGUUUAAAUAUAGUUACACAGUAUUAUUUCCAUCAGCUUUGAUGGCCUGGAAGUAACAAAUACCCUAAGGCUUGGUCUACACUACCCCCCCUAAUUCGAACUAAGGUACGCAACUUCAGCUACAUGAAUAACGUAGCUGAAGUCGAAGUACCUUAGUUCGAACUUACCUUGGU